CUUGACCGUGUCAUUCAGUCUUAUACCAGCCUUACCUCCGUUUCACUUUGCCUCGAUAUCUUCACCGCUGCGUACUCAAUCCGUGCUACAGCACUUGGGCGUGGAAAUUCCGUCGCCAAUACACUCCUUCCACCUAUUUACUGCGCGAACGCGCAACGGGCCGACGCUUAACUCACAGCGAGAUGUCUACGGACCCAUACCAUGCCGUCCAGCAGGAAAUACAGAGCUCCUUGCAGACCGCAUCUACAUUGCGCGCGUCAUAUCUACGGAUACGGAGCACCGCGACAGACGACAGCGAGGAGCUCGUAUGGGCGAGGAACGAGUUGAAGGCCACUCUUGCGGCCCUUGAGGCCGAUCUUGAGGACUUGGAGGAGAGCGUGAGAAUUGUCGAACAGACGGGCGCACGGAUGUUCGGCCUGGAGGAGUCAGAGCUCAUGGAGAGGCAGAAAUACGUUGGUCAUGUGCGACGCGAGAUCGAGACGAUGAGAGCGGAAGUCGACUCGGAUACCCAAGGAAGACGCUCAAGACCACAUUCUCAGAUCGGCUUGCCUGCACCCUCAUCUCGCCUCAGCAGCCGCGCGACAUCACCUGCCCCUGGCGACGACCAGGCAGAAUGGGCGAAGCAAGAGCAGCAGAUGAUUAUGCGUCAACAAGACCAGACAUUGGACUCCAUUGGCGGUACCUUGUCCACCCUGGCCGAGCAAGCAGGCCUCAUGGGCCGUGAGAUCAUGGAACACAAUGAGAUGCUUGACGACCUGGAACAGGGCGUCGACAGCUCAGGUACCAAGCUGGAUUCUGCCAUGACACGAAUGAAGCGAUUCAUACGGCAAACAGAAGAGACGAAAUCUGGCUGGUGCAUCAUCAUCCUGAUUGUCGUCCUUAUGAUACUUCUGCUGUUGGUGAUUAUCCUAUAGCUGUUGUGGGGGUUUACGGUGCGGCAUGGACUGGAGUAUAUUACAUUGCUUAUGGUGGAGGGACUGUUGUAUUACGCUUAUAAUUGACAGAUGUGUGCGGAGCAUAUGAUGUAGUACCACCAUCAUUAGGCUCUCAGGACUGCUUCCCUACAUAGGAACCGGGGGCUGAGUAGCAAUACGUUGCCUAUACGUACGCAUAAGUAAGUAGCUCAGAGUCUCAGACUCGGAUGCAACUGGGAUGCAGCAUUGUUUGAGUGCA